AUGAAAUGGCUGGUGUGGGCACUUCUGCUGGGCUCCUCUGCAAUGGCACAAGUGCACAGAGACCCCACUCUGGAUCAUCACUGGGAUCUCUGGAAGAAAACCUAUGGGAAACAAUACAAAGAAAAGAAUGAGGAAGUAGCACGGCGUCUCAUCUGGGAAAAGAAUCUAAAAACUGUUAUGCUUCACAAUCUGGAACAUUCAAUGGGAAUGCAUUCAUAUGAUCUAGGCAUGAACCACCUGGGAGACAUGACCAGUGAAGAAGUGAUAUCUUUGAUGAGUUCCUUGAGAGUUCCCAGCCAAUGGCCAAGAAAUGUCACUUACAAGUCAAAUCCUAAUCAGAAAUUGCCUGAUUCUAUGGACUGGAGAGAGAAGGGGUGUGUUACUGAAGUGAAAUACCAGGGUGCUUGUGGUGCUUGUUGGGCUUUCAGUGCUGUGGGAGCCCUGGAAGCACAAAUGAAGCUGAAAACAGGAAAGUUGGUGUCUCUGAGUGCACAGAACCUGGUGGAUUGCUCAACUGUAAAAUAUGGGAAUAAAGGCUGCAAUGGCGGCUUCAUGACAGAGGCUUUCCAAUAUAUCAUUGACAACAAUGGCAUCGAUUCAGACGCUUCCUAUCCCUACAAAGCCAUGGAUGGAAAGUGCCAGUAUGAUGUAAAAAAUCGAGCUGCCACGUGUUCAAGGUAUAUUGAGCUUCCCUUCGGCAGCGAAGAGGCCUUAAAAGACGCUGUGGCCAAUAAAGGACCUGUGUCUGUUGCUAUAGACGCGAAGCACUCUUCUUUCUUUUUCUACAAAACUGGUGUCUACUAUGACCCGUCCUGUACUCAGACUGUGAAUCAUGGUGUACUAGUGGUUGGCUAUGGUAACCUUAAUGGGAAAGACUACUGGCUUGUGAAAAACAGCUGGGGCCUCAACUUUGGUGACCGAGGAUAUAUACGGAUGGCAAGAAAUAGUGGAAAUCACUGUGGGAUUGCUAGUUAUCCUUCUUACCCAGAAAUCUAG